CCUCCAAAGAAAAGAAAAAGUUGAAAAACUUCUCGUCUCUAUAAACAUCCUCUCGGAAGAUCCUGAGGACAAGUCCUGUAUUUGCAAGUACAAUGAGCUACUGAUAAUAAAAAUAAUUGCAGUGAUAACGUGCCAUCAGAUGUCAAUGACAGUUGGAUAGCCGAUGAGGGAGCAGUAGAACAAUUAUAAUAACAAAUUAACCUGAAAAUUGAUAGAGUUGAGGAUGAGUGAAAGACAGCCGAAUCAGAACGAGAUGGAGAUUGAUGAGAACAAUGCUGGUGUUGUUGAUGCACCGAUGGAAGUUGCUGCCAUGGAAAAACCUUCGACAUCAGCUGCAUCUGAUAAUCCGAGCACGUGCAGGGUUAUGGCAUCUUCAGGGACUGUUGGUUCAGUAUCCAUUAGUCUUCAUCCACUUGUUAUAAUGAAUAUCAGUGAACAAUGGACGAGACUCAGGGCGCAGGAGGGCAGUGACCAAUUUUUUUAUGGAGCCUUAAUUGGAAAGCAAAAGGGACGUAACAUCGAGAUAAUGAAUUCUUUUGAGUUGCUGUUCAGUGUGAUAGGAGGAGACAUUGUCAUUGACAGAGAUUACUACAACACGAAGGAGGAGCAGUUCAAACAGGUGUUCAGUGAGAUGGAUUUCCUCGGUUGGUAUACAACUGGCGAUCAGCCCAAUGAGAAGGAUAUUAUUGUUCAUAAACAGCUGUGUGUUAUCAAUGAGAGUCCAGUUCUAUUGAAGAUGGAUCCACGACCGAGAAAUACUGACCAAUUGUCGGUUUCUAUGUACGAGUCUGUAAUUGAUCUCGUCAAUGGUGAAGCAACAAUGCUUUUUGUUCCAUUAACUUACACAUUAGCCACCGAAGAAGCUGAGAGAAUUGGUGUUGACCAUGUUGCAAGAAUGUGUACAAAUGACCAAGGAGAAAGUUCACUCGUUGUUGAACACCUCAUGGCACAGCACAGUGCAAUAAAGAUGCUCCACUCACGUGUCAAACUCAUACUCAUGUAUCUUCAGGCUGUUGAAUCAGGUGAACUCACACCCAAUCAUGAAAUAUUGAGAGCAGCGAGAUCUCUAGCACAUCAUCUGCCUGUUUUGGACAGUGAUAAAUUCAAAUCUGAUUUUUACAACCAAUGCAAUGACUUUGGUCUCAUCACCUACCUCGGAAUAAUAACCAAAGGGUGCAACGAUAUGAAUCAAUUUGUCAAUAAAUUCAAUUUUCUGUACGAAAGAGCUGGCAUUGGUCCUGGCCAUACGAGACGCAUUCGCAACUUGUUCUUUUGAUUUAUAAAUUUAAUAUGUAAAAGGAAAUUGAUGGAAAAACAGAAAAACUCUGUACUAAUUGAUAAGCUUAAGGUAAUAUGAAUUAAAGUAAUUUAGAUAAAAAGAG